AUGUCUCUGUCAAAACUCGAAUCGCUUCCAAACGAAAUACUGUGUGAUAUUAUUGAGAAAUAUAUUAAUGGAGUGGAUCUACUGAGAGCCUUCAGCUAUCAACUGAAUCAACGUUUCGAUGCAAUUAUCAGUCGGUCACAACGACUUCGUUUUAAUUUUAUUCAAUGUCACAAAGAUGACUUUCGUAUCUGCAUGGGACUUUUACCAGCCUAUAUAGACAAAAUCGAACAGUUAGCUAUAUCAGAACGAGAAACACCUGGUCAAGUCCAAGCGUUUCUGUCAUUUUUUCCAAGCCUCACCUUAUUUCGCCAACUACGAACACUUUAUUUUGAUUUUGAUUGCGGAAUUGUCAGUGCUCAUCUUAUAUCUUGGGCUCUCAAUUCAUUAUUAAGCAGCAAUAUCGAAACAUUGUCAAUCACAGCAGUCAAUAUGAACAACGGGUCUAAUAUCGAAUAUACUAUUCGACGUAUGUUUACGUUAGAAUCACUUAAACGAUUCACUCUUAGGAGCGAUUUAUAUAGAUUCGAAUGGAGCAAUUUGGCGCGACACCAGUCUAAUAUUCAAUAUUUGACGAUUUCUGGUAUGAAUUUUGCGCUUGAUGAUCUCUUUGCUAUUUUCAAACUUGCUCCUCGUCUUAAAUAUCUUCAUGUUGAAAAUAUCGAUCAAGGAUACAACCGCUAUCAUGAUACAAAAAUAAAUCUUAAAAUGAACAAUACCACAGCAUCUGCACUACAUACUUUGAUUUUGUCAUUUCCAAAAGACAGUUCCGUCACGAUUCAGAUGUUAACACCGUAUUUUAAUCGUAUGCCUAUUUUAAAUCGUCUUGAAAUUAGAGCACACGGUGUAUUAAUAGAUGCUGACGCAUGGAAGAUAUGCUUCGAAACAUCAUUACCAUUACUCACUCAUUUUCACAUUCGAGCCACCGUAUCUGGUAUAGAAAAAACUGGAAUCGAAAAUGUGCUCGCUUCCUUUCAAACUUCAUAUUGGAUAGCGAAGAAAAAUUUCAAUAUAAUGAUAACUGAGCAUAACAAUCGACUUCGCCCUAUCUCUAACAUUGAUAGCAUAGCGCUCUUAAAUAAAACUGAAUUCGAUCAACCAGUUACUUGCUGUUGGACAGCACCUGAUCGUACUUCUAAGAAUGAACUUGUGAAAGUCAAUACAAAUAUCAGUUGGCAACUAGUAGACAGCAAUAAUACUAUAUUGCAUAAUUACUACUUUGGCAAUGUGAAGAGUCUGCUAAUGGAUAAUAUAGAACAAUCACUGAUGCCAUGGUUAACUAAGUAUGUAAAUUGUGGUGGUAUCAAGGAACUCAUUAUUACGGCUCCAGAGAAAAAAGCCGAAACAUUAACUAAAUUAGUUUCAUUUGUCACGAAUAUUAAUUUUCUUUAUAUAAGCUUCGAUCUGCUCGUAGUUAAUAUAGGUGCUUUUAAAGCAACAAACAUGCGUGUAAAGCACCUUGACAUAUCUCAUUGUGAGCAUACUUUCAACGAACAAGAUAUUAUUCUUAUUGGUAAAUGCUUUCCAUAUCUGGAACAUCUAAAUAUUAAUACAAAAAGCUUAUAUAAUGUUCCAUUAAUCAAGAAAUAUUUAAAAUAUCUUCGUAGUCUGACUUUCGAAACGAAAGACUAUUAUAUCAAUCGUUUUGACGAAGACUCAACGACAAGGCGAUCAUACGAUUUACAGAAACAAACUCAAUUUCUUUUUUCUAUAAAGGCUUCUAAAAUGACGGUUUGGAUGGAUAAAACUGCAUUUGACGAUUCCUACUGGCAAACUUUUGCUCCUAAACCAUUGGGAAACAAGAGAAAAAACAGCCCUUUUUCUCGUAAAUGA